GAGGCAUGUGACAAAUAACAUUUGAUUUGAUUUUGUGUGUGUGUGUGUGUACGUGCAAGCCAGUGGCCCAGUUCUGCCCAGCCGACCCAGGAGGCGCCUGUAGGGGUAAAAGAAUGUGACAGAGAGCAGGGAGGGCUCCGCAAGGCUGGUCUGAAUCGGAGUAGCAGAUCCCAGACAGAGCCUAACCUCCAGACUGACGAUGGUUAUGAGAGGGGCUGUCGAGUCGGGCUUCCCCCUGCUCGGAGUGGCCAUACUAGGCUGUUUCUGCUGCAUGCGAGGGGGUCAGACCCAGGAUGACUCGGGCUCUGGGGGGAUCCCAGGCACCAUGCCUCCCCACCUCAUCUUCAUCUUGGCGGAUGACCAGGGCUAUGGGGACGUGGGCUACCAUGGCUCGGACAUUCACACUCCGGUCCUGGACCAGCUGGCUGGGGAAGGGGUGAAGCUGGAGAACUACUAUGUCCAGCCGAUCUGCUCACCCUCACGCAGCCAGCUCAUGACGGGACGGUACCAGAUUCACACGGGCCUCCAGCAUUCCAUCAUCCGGGCACGCCAGCCCCUGUGCCUGCCCCCGGACGCGCCCACCCUGGCUGAGCGGCUGCAGGAAGCAGGCUACAGCACCCACAUGGUAGGGAAGUGGCACCUGGGCUUCUGCCGGCCGGGCUGUCUGCCUACGGGUCGCGGCUUCCAGAGCUUCCUGGGCUCCCUGACUGGCAGCGGUGACCACUUCUCCUACCAGAGCUGUGACCAGGCUGAGGCCUGCGGCUUCGACCUGCACGACGGGGAGAGACCAGCCUGGGAGAUGAGCGGUAACUACUCCACAACGCUCUACAUAGAGAGGGUUAAGAAGAUCCUGAGGGCCCAUGAUCCCCGGAAGCCCCUCUUCCUGUACCUGGCCCUCCAGGCCGUCCACACACCCCUCCAGGCACCAAACCACUUUCUGCGACGCUACAGUGCCCUGGACAACCGCCCGCGACGACACUAUGCAGCCAUGGUGAGCUGUGUUGACGAGGGUGUGGGGGUGCUUGUGCAGGAGCUGAGGACCAGGGGUCUCUACCAGAACUCUGUCCUGGUCUACUCCUCAGACAACGGGGGCCAGCCCCUCUCUGGGGGCUGCAACUGGCCCCUGCGUGGGGGGAAGGGCACGUACUGGGAGGGGGGAGUACGGGCAGUGGGUUUCGUCCACAGCCCACUCCUGAAGAGGAAAGGGAAGGUGAGCAAGGCGCUGAUCCAUGUUUCUGAUUGGUACCCAACCCUGCUGUCUCUGGCGGGGGCACCGGAGAAGGACCGAGGCCAGCUGGACGGCCACAAUGUGUGGGGGGCCAUCAGCCAGGGGCUGCCUUGCCCCCGCACUGAGAUCCUGUUCAACAUCGACCCGGUAUCCCGACGGCCCAGUGAGGCAGACUCCAGGACCCUGGCCCUUAACGGCUUCGGCAUCUGGGACACGGCAGUGCGGGCGGCCAUCCGGGCCGGGGACUGGAAGUUGCUGACGGGAAAUGUGGGUGAUGGGGACUGGGUGCCCCCUCAGACCCUGCCCGGGGGGCCCCAGCAGUGGCAGGGCAUGGAGAAACGUCGAGACCAGAGGGGGAAGUCUGUGUGGCUCUUCAACAUCACCGCUGACCCUUAUGAGAGGUCAGACCUAGCCGAUGCAAGGCCUGAGGUGGUCAAAAUACUGCUGGCCAGGCUGGCCGAGUACAACCAGACGGCCGUGCCGCCCCGAAACCCACCAGAUGACCACAUGGCGGACCCCCAGCUCCAUGGGGGGGUGUGGACACCAUGGCUGGGUGAGCCGGGCAGCGAGGAGCCAGGGGGCAGCGGGGAGGGAGGGAAAGGGAAGAGUAGUAAGAUGAGGCACUGUAAGGUGUGCAAACUGAAAGCCCUCUUUAAGAAGGUGGGCUCCCGGAUGCAGAGAUCCUCUCUGUUCUUUUAGUCCACAGAGGGAGGUAAGGAGCACAUGGACGGACAAGCAGGACUGACAGGCCUACAUGAGACUGGAUCUUAGUCACUGGCUGUCCCCUGGCAACCAAGGAGGGUGACUUUGUGCAACUGUGAGAUUGAUGUUGAGAGUGAUGUUUUGAUGUCUCAUCCACCCAUGAACAGAAGGACAUGAUCAGAAUUACACUCGGACACCCAGAGGGAUAUUUCUUUCAUUUGUUGUUUUGUUAUUUGUAAGUGGUGAUAGAAUGGACCGUCCAGGCUACACACUGCCUAUCAAGUACUUCUAUGUUCCCAAACCAACUCUAAACAACACCUCACUGUGUCAAAAUCCUAAAGUAGGGACUGGCCAGCAUAAGCUCAGCCAGAGAUGCUGUGGCUGUUGUUCUCUUCAGUGCUGUUACAGUACAGUACACCUAGAACGUAAGCCAUGUUCCAGGCAUAUGUGGCUAAUACUGUAAGUAAGUGUGAUAUGCCAGCUGGCAAAUCCCAGACUGUCAAAUAAUGCAGAUAUAACUGGAUCAGACUGGAUCAGGGUGACACUUCGGUUUGGACGUGCCACAAUACAGAAGCCAGAUCAGAUCAGAUGUGAAGCUUGCAUCUCUUGACUGUAAGCCAUUUGUGUAGGAACUAAUGUCUGUGAUUAUGCAUGUACUGUAUAUAAUGUAGGCUAUGUUCAGCAAUCCUGCAGCAAUCCCACGCACAGGACUGAGAAACACUCUUCACUUCUAAUUUCCAUCAGUCUGACCGAGUGUGCAUCAAGCUGCCUACUAUCUCCCUGCCUCUUCCUCUCCAGCCAAGUCUCACCCUUCUCUCUUGUCCUCUCUCCCUCUCUUUCUCUCUUUCUCUCAUUUCAUCUCAUUUUCUCUUGCUCUUUGCCUCUCCCACAGCAGUAGGAAACUUGUCUUCAUCCUCCUCCUCUCUCUUCGUCAUCUUCUUCUCGUCUUCUUCCUCCUCAAUCUUUCUCAUUUCAUUCAGAGAUCAGGUCAGUUCAUAAGAGAUAGGGAGGAUGAAUAUGUUUGUGAGAAAUUAGAACUGCUGUGCAGAGUUACAUAAACAGUAAGGAGGAGGAGGUGAGAAGGAGGAGGAGGAAGUCUCCCUAGGGGGCAGCAAGGCCAUUUGAAGCACUCCCUGUUUUAUCUGUAAUCUCCUCAUUUGUAAAGAUGAACAUGUCAUAACAUACCAGUAAGUGUCUAUGUAUAAUUUGAUGCUAAGCAAAAAAUGUGUUCUGCCGUUUGUUGCUUUCCAUUUAUAAAUACAC